AUGCCAAAAAACGCGCGGGUGACACUUUGCCACGGACCUUAUGGAUCCAAUGGAGUAGUAGAGCACAGGCACUUCCGUCUGCAGGGUCUCCUGGCCGCUCUGACAGCGCGCGGGCACCAGUGCGUCUUGGAAGACUCGCGCGAGUGGAACAUGGUGGAGCUCGUGGUCAGCGGGGAGGUUGUCUUCAGCUGUAAUAUAAAGCAGCUGGUGUUUGGUGGAGAUGGAAAACUGGACCCUGUUUGCAAAGAAGCUGUUGUUGCUGUAGAGAACGCUUACUGAAGAUAACGUAAAUAAAAAAAUAUAUAAA